AUGCUAGACUAUGACAAUUACAUGAAGACCGUUGCCGAUAAGGUCAAAAAUUUGUCUGCAGCUCAAAGGGACGAACUGCAUGUAACAGCUGGCGAAGUCACUAACCUUGACGGCGCCAAGCGGAGAAAGAGAUGGCCUUCAAGAAGUACCGAAACUUCCAAAGUUAGAUAUUGUUUUGCUUUGUUUGCCUUAAAGACAAAGGUUGCCGGAAGCAGAACCAAGGAUAUAAAUAAAUUUCUUGUACAAGUAUAUGUCAACAAGAUAAUUCUUGGUCACUGUUCGAAUAUACUGAGAGAAUAUGGAAUACUGAGUGACCGUUCAUGGUAUUUAAUAACAGAAUAUCCUGAAUAUGGGAAUCUCUGCGAAUUUCUGAAGAACGAGAAAAAUGCAUCGCUCUUAAGCUGGGAAUGGAAAACUAGACAAGCAUGUAAUAUAGCGCAAGCGCUUUCUUUUUGUCAUAGCAGAAAUAUUUUACAUCAAGAUGUCCGAAGUCCAAAUGUAGUUAUUAAUCAAUUUAUGACGGCAAAGUUGACAAAUUUCGGUUUUCAAACUAUAAUUCAUGACAACAAAUGCGUAUAUGAAGAGGGGAACCAGAAAAUUAGAUGGUUAGCCCCCGAAAAACUCAAGGACAACAGAGUACCAUACUCUAGGGAGACAGAUGUAUACAGCUUUGGUAUAUUAUUAUGGGAAAUAUCGGCCCAUAAGAUACCGUACGAGAACGUCCUGGACCCUAGCAGAGUGAAAAAAAUAGUAGGGGAGGAAAAACGACCUGAAAUUGACCCCGACACACCCUCAAACUUUGAGAAAAUAAUGACAUCCUGUUGGAGACAGAAUCCGAGUGAUCGUCCGAAGAUGGAAACGGUGUGGGAAUCAUUAGGAAGCUAA